AUGGAUGCAACCCAAAAAUACAACAUCGGUACUGGAAUUACCUACGCGGUCCGCCACCUUCGAACGACUUUCAUAGCUUCAGGAUUCAUAUGGCCUAGCACCUGGAAGACGGACGCAGGCGUAUACCUAUAUUCCUUCGGUCUAACGCUGUUAGGUGAUGAGCACGAGAGGCGUAGAGCUGAUAUCGAGACAAAGCUGAGGGCCAACAACUCGUACCUGAUUAUCGGCGCGGGAACUGUCAUUGCCGGCGAAGCGCUUGGAUACAUCUACCGAACUGACAAUCUCAUAGAGAAGUUAGUCCCGGCUAAACAAAGUCACGGAGGCGGCUGGGGAGAAACACGAUCCCUAAUCACAAAGUUCCUUGACGACAUGGCAUACGAUCUCAGCCGAAUGAAUCCGGCCCUUGAUCAGGUUGUUCCAGCAAAGAGCGAUUCGCCCUGGGUAUGGGACGCCGGCCGAGAACUCUACUACCGCUACGAUAGCAAGGACCGAAUAUAUAAAUACCACAACGGACUGUGGGUGAGACUGGACGGGUCACAGACAAGCCACGAGCAGGAAGUGCAGUUGGCUCAGGCCUACAACGUAUCGGCUCAACCUUUACUGGGCUAUGAGAACAGCCUUCUCUCAGUCACAGCUUCGAUGCGCCAAAUUACCAUGGGCCAGGGAGAGGACGCAGCCUUGAAAUAA